UUAAACAAUGUAGAGCCUCUCAGUUUUGUUAAUCAUUUGUUUCCUCAUCGUUUCUUCUAUCUUCUUUGAGAAGAAGGAAUGCAGAGGCAAAAGAACCCCCCUAAGUGGAAUGAGACUGACCUGGAUGCAUCAUACGAAAAAAAGCCUCACCACACCUAUGACAAGAAUGAAUGGAUCAGACCAUCUGUACCCAACAGCAACUGGAAAGAAUCAAACCUGGACGCACCUCCUGGUGCUAAGAAGGAUACUGUGUCCCGUUCGCUCCCAUCAUCCCACAGCUCGCUCCCGAGGAACACUCGUAUCUCAGUGCCCCCUGAACUCGCCUCCGGCACCAGCUCACCUUACGGCCCUCAGCCAAUCAGUUCCCGUAUCUCCAUUCCACCUGAAAGCUCUGGAGUCAGUAAGCAGAGGCCGAUCCCGCUUUCUGUCAUCAUGAGGCUCCAGAACCCGUACUAUGCUGCGGCUGACGGCAGAUACGCCCCUGGCCCAGUGGGAGAGCCUCAGCAUCUUCCCCUGCCCCAAGAGUACCUGCGGCAAAAUCAGACACCGCAACCUCAAAGACAACCUCCCUACUAUAGAGAAGCAGUACUUCACCCUGGAGAUGUUGAUGCUGAGCUUGAGAGACAGGACAAAACAGAAGGCCCUGUGAACUUAACUGACCAAGGCAUGAAACCAGAAGAAGAGGGUAAAGUGGAGGAUACAGAGAUGCCUCCUCGCCCUCUCAGCCCCACACGUCUACAGCCCAUGGUGGCCCCACAGACAGAGUUGGACACUGACCUGGACGAAGUGAUGCGUAUCCGGGCCGAGUUCCCCAGGGCCCUGAAGAAACGCGGCUCAGUUGAAAUUCCUCAGACCCUGUACAACCUGCCCCUUACCCAACCGCACAACCAUUACAAGCAAAUGAUCAAUAAACUGUUUCGCAGGAAGACCAUCCGUGUCAAAGGAGAACCAGCUGCUGAAAGUAACAGCUCUUCAGAUGGGGAAGACACUUCCAAAUCUGCUGUAGCUAUAGUUCCAGUACCAAUCACAGAGAUACAGGUCUCUUCUGAACAGAAGGGUAUUCACUCUAUCUUACGGAAGGGCAGCAAAGCCAAUAAAUCCUCCAGCCGUAGGGCUCACCUUAGCCCACUGGUGCUGAUGUUGGAUGGGUCUUUAGUAGGAGAGUUAGAAAUUGUGCAGAGGGCUGCGCAGGAGGUGAGUGACCCAAGCCAGGCUAAUGAUGAAGGCAUCACAGCCCUUCACAAUGCCAUCUGUGGUGGACACUUCCCAGUGGUGGAGUUUCUCGUGCGGAUAGGGGCUAACGUUAGCGCUCCAGACAGCCACGGCUGGACGCCCUUGCACUGCGCUGCAUCUUGUAAUGACCAGCAAAUGUGUGAGUUUCUGGUGCGGAAUGGAGCAGCGGUGAUGGCCGUGACAGACAGUGAUGGGGCCACAGCGGCACAGAAGUGUGACCCCUACGCCCCGGGCUACAAGGAGUGUGAGAGCUUCCUGAGAGGUGUGGAGGAAGCGAUGGGUGUAGAGAACAGUGGGGUGGUGUACGCUCUUUGGGGAUAUCCUGCCCAGACUCCAGAUGAACUGAGCUUCAAAGAAGGAGACAUGGUGACCAUCCUGCAGAAGCCUGAAGGGGUGGACUGGUCCUGGGCUUCACUGUGUGGCAGGGAGGGCUUCGUACCAAACAACUACUUUGGGCUUUUUCCGAAAGUGCGGCCUAAAUCACUCUGCUGAACGCAUCCACAAACAUAGAAGACAAUAGCAAUCAAUGCAUCUGAAACAUGCAGACCUAGUCUGAAUGCAGGUUUCACAUGUGUGUCUGAAUGAGUUUUUUCUCUUCCUCCUUCCCUUUAAAUUGUGUUUAGUGAACAGCUAUGAUGGGAUUUUAAACAUGCACACUGUACAGCUUUUCUCUAUAGACCACCAUGACAAAGUCGCUUCACUGGGAAUAGUUUUAGCUUGUAAAGCUAAGCAGUCUACCUAUUUUAUUUGAGAAUAGGGAUUCAGUUUAAUUGUAUGAGCAAACUGAACUGGAUUUGAUACAUAAAUGCAUAAAGUCUCAUAAUUUGUUUGUCCGGAAAGGUUCAUUCUUUGUCUUGACUAAUGUUUUUCAGCACUGAGCAGGAAGGAAAUUCGUCAGUCUAUCAGUAUUGCUUUUGUUUAUGCUUACUUUGCAUGUUAGUGUAUCAGCUGUUAAUCAGUAAUGUUGCAUAGAUACAAAAAAGUUUUUUAGAUAUGUAUUUGAAUAACCUGUCCUAACUCAGCUUCGGAUUAUUUACAGUAUUCCACACCAAAAUGUUAGCCUUUUUUAUGUAACUUUUAAACUUGUUUUUCCUGUCUGUUUUCACAGUGAUCUUUAUGUAGUAUGAAAUAUGAGCUAAAGUUUUCUUCUCAAAACAGUGUACUCUCCAUGUGGGUUGUGUGUUAAAUAUUUGCUUUGAUGUGAGGGAAGUUUGUUUUAGAGGUGUGUGUGUGUGUUUCUUUUAUUUGCCUUGUUGAAUCCACUGACUGUAACUGUUAAGAAGACGAUGACAAAUUGUUACUCUCUGUAAUACUCUUACACAAAAGGAAAAUAAAUAAAUACUAAUUGUAGAUUUGUUUGAUUCUUUACAGUACAUGC